AAUACAGCCCUCUUCCGCCAUCUUGGGAACAAGGAGAGAUUACCACCCCCAAUAUUUAUUAGCAAGGUGUCACAAGAACAUUACACGGGAAUAAGGGUCAAUCACCUGGCCCUGUUGAUACUUUUGGACAGAUUUUGUCUGUGCAAUUGCAACAAUGUCGGGCCAGAGCAUCAUGGACCGCGUUCAGGCGGCUAGGCAUAGCAUUGCCGGUCAGGGGUUGGCAAAAUCCGUCUGCAAAGCCACGACAGAAGAAAUCAUUGGACCAAAGAAAAAGCACCUUGAUUAUUUGUUACAAUGCACGAACGAACCAAACGUGUCGAUCCCCCAACUGGCCGACCUCCUGAUAGAGCGCACUCAGCAUGCAAACUGGAUCGUGGUCUACAAGUCUCUCAUCACAAUCCACAACCUUAUGAACUAUGGCAAUGAGAGAUUUACCCAGUACCUGGCUUCAAACAACUGCACCUUCAACCUUGGCAGUUUCCAUGACAAGGCGGCCAUGCAAGGUGAGGGAAUGGUUUCUGUUACGGGAUAUGAUAUGUCGACAUAUAUUAGAAGAUAUGCCAAAUAUUUAAAUGAGAAGGCCACUUCCUACAGACAGAUGGCCUUUGAUUUCUGUAAAGUGAAGCGUGGGAAGGAUGAUGGAUUACUCAGAACUAUGAACUCAGAAAAGCUACUGAAAGCGCUGCCAGUCCUGCAGACUCAGCUGAAUGCCCUUAUAGAAUUUGAUUGUACGCCAAACGAGCUGACGAAUGGUGUGAUUAACGCAUGUUUCAUGUUGCUCUUCAAGGACCUCAUACGACUAUUUGCAUGCUACAAUGACGGAAUCAUCAAUCUUUUAGAAAAAUAUUUUGACAUGAACAAAAAGCAGUGUAAAGAAGGCCUCGACAUCUACAAAAAGUUUUUAGUCAGCAUGGACAAAGUAUCCGAAUUCCUCAAAGUUGCUGAGAAUGUUGGUAUCGACAGAGGGGAUAUUCCCGAUCUGGCCAAGGGAAUGAGGAACAAUACGAAAAGUGCUCCAGCAAGUCUCCUUGAUGCCCUGGAGCAACAUCUCCUGUCUCUGGAGGGAAAGAAGGGAUCUGUUACCACCACCACCGCUACCCCAAAACCGGCAGGGUUUGCAUCUGCACUGUCGACUAUCUCCAACAACAGCUCAGCGUUAAAUGUAAGCGAGGAUGAAAAGAAGCGGAUCCUGGACGAGGAGAACCAACGCCUGCACCAGCUGAAGGUAGAACAGCGAAUGAAGGAACUACAGUCAACUUCAGCUACCACACCAACCUCAUCGCCGACCACCCAGUCGAACCCCUUCACUGCGGGGACAGCGACGACCAGAUCAGUGGAUUUGUUUGGGCCCAACUCCCCAACAGCAUCCUCGACACCUGCAACCAAUGGGAAACCAAGCGAUGACUUGCUCAGCCUCAAUGCCAACCCAUUUGCACAGAAUGUAGAGAGUGUAAUGGCUACAGCAUACGGCGGGCCACCCCAGCAGCAACAGCCACAGCAAGCCAACAACCCCUUUGCUGUGAACACAGGCUGGAAUACUAACAACACUGCCAAUUUUGGAAAUGAAGUUGACUUUGCAAAAGCAUUCAACAACACCAAUGCUCCAGCACAAGCAGGCCUGGAGAACCACCCACUCCCGGCUCUGGACACCACUUCACCACCAGCUGGGGCUGACCUUGGCUCUCCCCUUGACCCCCUGGAUCCAUCGCGCCACACCUCGGGAGCUACGGAACCUGCGUCCUUCGGCCUGGGAGGACUAGAUAUGUCCGGGGCACCAGACCUGCAGACUGGCUCUAUGGGGAUGACCAUGGAGGCCCCAGGGGGUCCCAGUCAGACUAUAGGGAUGGGCAUGUCUCCUGCAAGAGGCCCUAGUCCGAUUAUGGGGAUGGGGAUGAACCCAACAGGGUCUCCUCUUCCAGUAAGGAUGAAUAUGGGGAUGGGAGAUCCUACUCAUGGAAUGGGUGGCGGAAUAGGGAUGGGCGACCUUGGCCAGGGGAUGGGUAUAGGAAUGGGUGAUCCGAGCCAGAUGGUAGGUCUUGGUGGCCCGGCGCUGUCUCCCGGGCCAGUGCGACGCGGUGUCAGUCCCACAGGUUUUGCUACAGGCGAUUGUGGCCUGUCUCCCGCCUCCCCAAGCCCAGCACACCUCCCUCGAAGCACCACCCCUACCUAUCUGGAAACAGCUGGUCAGGUGGGGCGCACCAGCCCCGCCCCCGGACACUCUGACACCAGUGGUUUUGAUGCAUUUGGCGAGGUACUCCAGCCACACAACAAGCCGAACCAGGUAGACAGUAACCAAAAGAAAACAGACUCUACGAAGCUCCUGGCAGGGGACCUUGACAGCAGCCUCUCCACACUCGCAGGCAACCUCCACAUCGGGGGCCCGGCACAACAGGUCAAGAAAGCUGAGCACCAAUGGCAGCCUAAAGGAGAGCAGAAGCUGACUGGGGGUACCAACUGGCAGAUGACCUCCGGAAUGGCAUCGACCACAUGGAACCAGCCAGCGAUAGGUCAGCAGCCACUGAACCAGCCACCAAUGGGCCAGCAGCCAAUGGGACAGCAGUUUCAGCAGCCAAUGAUGGGAGUGCCUCCUAUGCAGGGAGGUAUGGGCUAUGCUCAGCCUGGGAUGAUUCAAGGACAGCAACCCAUGAUGGGCAUGGGCCAGCAGCAGUCCCCCCAGAUGAUGGGUAUGAACAUGGGGAUGGGGCAACAGCCACAGAUGUAUGGGGCCAGGAUGCAGCCAAUGGGAUUCCAGCAGCCACGCCCACCCAUGCCACAAUCCAACAAUAUGAAUGAUCCAUUCGGGGCAUUGUGAGGCCCAGCUUGCUUGUCUCAAGGUUGACAACAGACCAGAAGAUGAACAUAUUUGUUGUACAAAUGACAUAGACUGUGAACUUGUGUACAUAUUGGUGGAUGUUGCAAAGAUAAUACCCUUGGCCUACUCUGACUAUCUGGUGUAGUGUGACAGCCUAGAAGUGUACACUAGAUGCUCCGAGUCCUGGCCCCACCCCUCUUUGCCCGAGAUAGUGUACAGUUAUCAGGACAUAUUGUAUAGGUAGGCGGGUAACUAGUCAACAUUGGAGACAUCGUCAACUGUGCAAUGUCAUCUGUGGGUGUAGCACACUCUACACGUCUUUUAUUAGGGGUGUCAUGACACACGUGCAUAUGUAGAGUAACAUUCACAACGUAUAGCUUCUGAUACAUAGCCAUUAUACAGCAUCAACUUACUACAUAAUGCUGUGAAGAACUUGCACCAAAUUUGGAAUGUCAGACUUUACUUAACCAUUAAUAGUUGAUUAAAAGCUAUUUUAAACCUUGACGUAAAGGUCGUUUUUGUGUGAUUGGCUGAUGUUUCGCCAUCAAACUUCUCGUGUUGCUUUUCACUUUGGUACUUUUGAUUCGUCUCAAAUAUCGAAUAUCAAUAUACAAGAAGAAAAGAUUUGUAUUCUGACAAAUAUACAAUCAUGACACCCCUAUUUUUUAUGCAUGGUACAUUCACUAGCCAAAGCAGCACAACAAAAUGUAGACAACUUCUGUAAGUGUAAAUGUUGGUCAUUGUGUUAUGCAGAAAGUAGUGACAAGUGUAUUGGUUCAGGGAUUCUGAAGGUUUUUACAUUGAGAUAUUGAAUUACCUUCUGCAUUGAAAUUUAAAAAAUCUUUUUUGCUGUAAUAAAAUAAUUUGAAACUUUCUGAAAAGUUUCCACAAUAUCAAUGCCAAAUAUCACACUUUGUCGCACGGUUGAGUUACCCAACAUCACACAAAUCUCCUCUCAUAUGUUUAAUACAUAAAAUUGAGUCCGAAAGUCAUCUUACAUGCACAAUAUAUCAAAAUUUAUCAUAAAAUCAAAGAUGGCAAUUAUAUGAAUUUUUGUGUAUAUAUAUUAAUAUAUAUGUCUACAUGUAUAGGGGCUGCCCAAACACAGCUGUUGGUACUUAUAUGUGUAUAAGUGAUGGACUAGCUCUUUUUGUGUAGUCAUGCAUAGGAGUUGCCUCCCUUGUUCCUGCUUGAAAGCAAGCUGCAGAUGAGAAGCGGCCCUUCAAGCAAGACACCCUUGGAGGGAUCGUAGAGGAAUUUAGAUUGUCUUGAGAUGUGUGAGAUGUAUUGUUCUGUGUCAACUGCGAAAUUUCCACAUCUGGCCCCAACCCUGCGUUCAGUAGCCAAGCAGUGGUUUGUAAGUUGCAUGUGUCGACACAUGUACCAACUCUGUACCAACUCUGUAACAAAAUGUGUCAAUCAGCACAAUCUGCGGGGGAUAUACACAAAUAUACAUAGGCUACACUAUUCAAUUGUUCAUUUCAAAUUCAUGUAUUAUCACAUGAAUGAACAAAUAUCACCAGUGUCAGCCUUGAGUUGUGGAGGCCACACGAAUUGAUUGAUUGAAUCACCUUGCAAAUGUUCUUCAUUAUCAACAAACAUGCUUGGUUUGAAGUCAAAGGACUUCAUCAGGCCUGCAGAAAACAUUCGCUAGUGCUUGGAACUACUGAAUGCGUGGUUCUUGUCAUGGGUAGUAUGCAGGCUCCAUACGCUGGUCAUUGCCUCUUAUGAUGUGUGAAGUUCCUGUAUGACUGGUAAUAUGCAGGCUCCAUACACUGGUCAUUGCCUCUGUUGAUGUGAGGAGUUCCUGUAUGACUGGUAAUAUGCAGGCUCCAUACACUGGUCAUUGCCUCUGUUGAUGUGAGGAGUUCCUGUAUCACUAGUAUGCAAGUUUCACCCCCUUCCGAUGACGUUUCUGUAUCACGGUGGUUUUACGCAAUAGUUCAGUUACACAGCUUUUGCUUUUUUGUAAAAUAUAUUUUAAGAGAUGAAUUAUGAAAAAGAUUGCAUGAUUUUGUUAAUUUUAUUUUAGUCUUAAGAACUGCAGAUCUGCCUGAGUUAGAGCAGUGACGUGGCCAUGUAGAGUCAACUCACUCCAGAGUUAUGUAAAUAUGUCAUUUUGAGAUUAUUGUAUGAUAGUAAACCAAUGAAAUGAUGAGAGGACCCUGUCUUAGGCCAGAUGAUUAUCACGGAAAUGUUAAUACAUAGUCCUAUGAAACUAUCCAUGCUAAUAAGGGUUGUGAGGGAAUCGUAUGAUAUUCUCAAAGAUUUAAAUUAUCAGAGAUAUUAACCAUAAUGUACCUGCUUUAUCAUAUACUUGAAUUAAUUGAUACGACUAUUAUUGUUCAAUGUUAUCAAAUACCUAUCCGUAAAAGUUUUAAGGAGAAUAGUGUUAACGAAUAAUGAUUACUGUAUUUCCCAAGUGUCUGGAACAACUACCCUCAUUUACAUGACUAGUUAGCCAGAGUAUCGUGAAAUGCUACCAUCUACUUACACGGCCAACCAAUCAGGGCGCUUGUUCUCCUCGCAGAAUCAUUAUGUUGUUUUUGUUGUUAUUACACUGUUUCCUCUGUGAUUGUUAGAAGGGACGACGUUUUGCCUGCUGUUAAUGUAUGCUUGUUUCUGUCAUCAGAAUGUCAGUUGUUAUUCAUGCACAGAGUAACUGAAGGAAGUGUAAUUUAUACAACACCGUAGUGACGGCACACACAGCACCAGCUCCCAUGUAGUGGUUGCAGUACGGACACAUACUACUCAGCAUUUGCUAGGGAUCAAAGUAGUCAUCUUUAGUCAAAGGUGUGAUCCUUUGCACAUUUUGAGCAGUAUAUGUACCUAGGUAUUGUCUUGUGUAGUUUUGCUAAAACUGAAUUCUUUUUCAAUAUUUAUGCUCAUAAUGAAGACAUUUUAUCAGAAACAAUGUAUAUUUCGUGAAUAUUGAUGAUUAGCUGAAGGUUUGGUCAAUCUGUAUGUUUUACAAUGUGGAUAUAUAUAUAUAUAUAUGGAUAAGUUCAUGUUAAACCUAAGUAAUGUUUCUGCAUAAAAGAUUUAAUAGUAAAGCCCUGUAUGCACUGGAGGCACUGUUGACUGUUGUAUACUGUAUAUAGUGCCACACAAGCAUAGUGUUGUGUGUGUCUGCUACACUUUAUAUAUGUCAUAAAUUAUCUACAGUAGUCAAUUAUACUAAUAUCAGCUCCUAUUUAACGAUCAUGAAUUAGGGUAAUCCUUGUACUAGUUAAAUAGAAGAUCAUAUCAUAGUUUUAUAUCACAAGUGUGGUUCCUGGAGGCACUUUGUUGUUAUUGUUAGUAUACACCAGAUUGUGGGAUCCUGGGUUGUCUUGGCGUAUCAGUGUGUGGCAGAGAUUCGACUAGGCAUUAUUGUAGGGCAUUAGCUUGCUUAUUGUAACUUGUUUCAUUUCACUACCAGUCUCAGGGAUGACCUGACUGAUAUGUUGUGUCUGAACAGUGAUCUUUAGGACCAUUGCAGAAGUUGAUAAUCUGAUCUAUCACAGAAAUGACCGUUUGUUUUCAGAUCGGCAGAAUUCAGCAAUCUCAUUAAAAUCGGAUCUUGGUGCUCACCACCACUGUUGUAGCAGUGUGAGCACUAAGAUCUGAUUGUAAUGAGAUUGCUGAAUUCUGUAGAUUCACUGACCGGUCAUCCCUUUCUUUGUCCUUGCUGCAAUGAGCUAUGUCCGGUACCGGGCACACACUUCGUGUCCACUUGGGAGGAACAUGUGGUAAGCAUAUCAUGGCCACAGGUUGAACGGUUAGAUGGACACAUCCACUAUUGGACUUCUAUUUAUGGUAGAAGUUAGUGAGCUGAAUGCGGAAAUAUUACUACUUCAUCGCUUGACCAAGGAUGUAGUAUAUGUCCAUUGUAAAUGUCAUUGAACAUAUGUAGACAACCUUUCUAUCCGACAUUAUAUAAGCUUAUUCUGUCUUCUAGUAGGAAGACUAGCCUCAAGUCACACAUACCAAUAAAUUAUUCUUAAUAGUCUUUAACCUACAUAGAAAUGUUUUGACAUUGUUAUAUUGGGAAUUUGUGUUUUGUAAAUUUUUCAAGGAAAUCAGUCUUCAUUAGUACAUUUGUACUUGAUGUCCUAGUUCUGUUCUUUGUAUAUUUAAUAAGACAUGCCUUGGGUCCAUUAGCACAGCUCCAAAGUGUUCAGACCUUCAAGGUCAAUCAUUGAUUGCAAACAUCAUGAUGCUAACGCAGUAUUACCAGUCCGAAGUUCAGGAAAUAUUCCUACAAUUGGCCCAGCACGGCCCAUUUAUGUACGGCCCAAGGUGUAUUAGUACUUAAUGUCCUAGUAGCUUCUCAAGCUCCAGCUUGAUAUGGUGUAAGAAUCAGCCACGGUGUUAGCCACCGCCGCUUUAACUGUACAUCUCCAGAAUGCUCUGAUUCAGUCUACAAGCCACCAGAGGACUCGGGUCAGACAACUGUCCUACAUAACAUUAUAGAGUUAUAUCACCCUUAGUCCAUCGUCCUCAUUGGUAGCAUGGAGUUACCUCCCUUGUAUGAUGCUCCGGCAUUCUGCAAAGGUGGUGUCACUUGUCACUGUGUAUGUGUGAUAACCAUUACUAUAUGGCAGAGCAGAAGGUAUAGAGCAUCUGUAGGCAACUAUGUCACAACAGGUGAAAAUAAAUAUAUGAGAAAUA